UGAAUGACCGAUUCGUUUUUUACCACCAAAAAAAGAGGUGGUCGAUAAUUCUCCCACCGUCAUUUUGUUUCCUUUUUCUUUUUUGUUUUUCAAACAACAAUUUAAAUAUGAAAUUAGCAAGCUUAGCUUUACUUUUAACAACCGUCGUAGGUUUAUCAAAUGCUAGUUUUUUACCAGGUUUAGUCAUGCAAGAGGAUGUUGGAACAUACAUGCAAGAGUCAACCAAGUUAAUCACCAAUUGCGGUGAUGCCAGUGACAUUUUAACUAUUGACUAUGUCACACUUUCACCUGAUCCUCCAGUGAAAGGUGAAGAGCUAACAAUCGAUUUCAAAGGUUACUUAUCCGAGACUGUGCCCAACGGAACUACUGUUCAGGUUAUUGUCAAAUAUGGUGUAGUUAAGUUAAUCCAGAAGACAUUUGAUUUCUGUGAAAAGAUUGAAGAGGUUGAUGAAAAAUGUCCUAUCCCCCAAGGUGAAUUAUCCUUCACCAAAGUAGUUGCUUUGCCCAAAGAAAUUCCUCCCGGAAAAUACACGGUUCAUGCUGAAGUAAAGACACCCGAAGAUAAGCGUGUCGUCUGUCUUAUUGGUCAAACCAUCUUUCCUAGAAAAUAAUUUUUAAAUAAAAUAAUGAAAGCUAAAUUUGUGUAAUUGUAAA